AUGUGUGGUAUCUUUGCUGCUUUCAGGCAAGAGGAUAUUGAGGCUUUCAAGCCCAAGGCUCUGCAGUAUUCCAAGAGAAUUCGCCAUAGAGGCCCAGAUUGGUCGGGCAACGUCGUCGCCAACAAGACGAUCUUGUGUCACGAGAGACUUUCGAUCGUUGGUGUUGAUGCAGGUGCUCAGCCUAUUGUCUCUGAUGACGAGAGAUACAUCUUGACCGUUAACGGUGAGAUAUACAACCACAUCCAGCUGAGAGCCGAGCUGAAGGACUACCCAUUCAAGACGAUGUCUGAUUGUGAACCUAUCAUUCCUUUGUUCAAGAAAUUUGAUAUUGAUGCUCCUAAGCAUCUGGAUGGUAUGUUUGCCUUUGUGCUAUACGACAAGCAAGAGGACCGCAUUAUUGCUGCAAGAGAUCCCAUCGGAAUCACCACCCUCUACAUGGGCAGGUCUUCGGAGAAGAAGGGUACUGUUUUCUUUGCCUCCGAGCUGAAGUGUCUUGUUGACGAGUGUGACGACAUCAUUGCUUUCCCCCCAGGUCAUAUCUACGACUCCGUGACCGACAAGCUUGUGCGUUACUUCCAGCCAACCUGGUGGGACGCGAAGAAGAUCCCAACCACCCCAGUCGAUUACAAGCUGGUCAGAUCUACUUUGGAGAUGGCCGUUAGGAAGAGACUCAUGGCUGAGGUUCCAUACGGUGUUUUGCUUUCUGGUGGUUUGGACUCUUCCCUGAUUGCUUCUAUUGCCUCCAGAGAGACUCAGAAGGCAGCUAAGGAGAUUGCUGCCCAGGAAGAGGGUAUUGAUGCUUCCGGUACUCUUACCGGUGUGGACGGUGAGGGUCACCUCGCUCUUAAUGGCUGGGCUAGAUUGCACUCGUUUGCCGUGGGUUUGCCUGGCGCCCCUGACCUGAUUGCGGCCAAGAAGGUUGCCAAGUUCAUCGGUACCAUCCACCACGAGCACCACUUCACUCUGGACGAAGGAUUUGACGCUCUGUCAGAUGUCAUAUACCACCUCGAGACCUACGAUGUGACAACAAUCCGUGCCUCCACCCCAAUGUACCUGCUCUCCCGUAAGAUCAAGGCCCAGGGUGUCAAGAUGGUUCUUUCGGGUGAAGGUUCUGACGAGAUUUUCGGUGGAUACCUGUACUUUGCUGCUGCUCCUUCUGCUGCCGAUUUCCACACUGAGUGUGUAACCCGUGUCAAGAACUUGCACUUGGCUGAUUGUCUGAGAGCCAACAAGUCCACCAUGGCAUGGGGUCUUGAAGCCCGUGUUCCAUUCCUGGACAAACAGUUCUUGGAGGUGUGUAUGAACAUAGAUCCAAAGGACAAACAGAUUACCGGAGAGAAGAUCGAGAAGUACAUCUUGAGAAAGGCCUUUGACACCUCCGACGAUCCAUCUGCCAAGCCUUACUUGCCCGACGAGAUCUUGUGGAGACAAAAGGAGCAGUUUUCGGAUGGUGUCGGAUACUCCUGGAUUGACGGUUUGAAGGACCUGGCUGAAAAGAGCGUCUCUGACGAGGAGUUUGCCAACCCUAAGGCCGAGUGGGGUGAUGAUGUCCCAACCACCAAGGAGGCCUACUUCUAUCGUCUGAAGUUCGACGAGCUUUUCCCACAAAAGGCCGCUGCCUCUACUGUCAUGAGAUGGAUUCCAAAGGCCGACUGGGGUUGUCAUGCUGACCCAUCCGGUAGAUUCCAGAAGACCCACGCCUCUGCCGUUGAGGAUAUCAAGAAAUAG